UUUCACAAUUGAAUAUCACUUCCCUUCAGAGAAUUAUGUUAAUAUACAGGUAUCCAAACUAUGUUCACUCUUCAAGUCGUCAUUACCUGUGUUGUUUUGCUUGGAUCCUACACUGCACAACUUUAUUGCAACGACUUUGUAAUGAAGCACGUAAAGAAAUUAAUGUUUUUACAAUUUUGAUGAAAGAAAAACAAAGAGUGACAUCAAAACCCUCAGGUUUCUGUCACCAAGAUUUUGAAAGCUUGAAUGUUGCUGAUCAAUUUCAAUAUGUUUCUUGGCUGCUGGGAAGGAUUGAAGCAAUUUCAAAUAAUCUGAGAUCUCUGAGAAUUAACAAUGCAAGGAGUGAGGCAAAUAUGUUGCAAAGAUCGUCAAAAGCUUCAACAAAUAUUAAAAACAUAAAUCAUGUUUCUGAUGAUGUUCUUAUGGUUAAAUAUCCUUCUAUUUGUCAGCUGGUGGAAAAUCAUUUGGAGCAAAAAAUUCAGCUCCUGCACGCUUAUGUUAAAUGGAAGACCGUGGAAUCUUUAUUUUGGCAAUGGAUGGAGCAAUGUCUGGAUGAAGGGAUAAAGUUGCGUGAUGAUGAAAUGGUUUUUCCUCAAGCUCCAAACAAAUCUGUUAAAUCAAAUUUAAUGAUAUAUAAUAAAAACAUAAGUGAUGUAAAAAUGAAAAUGCUUGAAAAGAAAAAGGAGUGCACAGUAAUGGAAAGCAAGAUCCCAGCCAGGCAUACCCAAGCAGGUAUUGAGCACAAGUUCGAGAUUGAUCAGAACUUGGACAACGUUUUUAAUCGAAUUAGCUUAAAACAUGAGCCUAGUUUAGUACCUCAAUCAGCAUUGUCUCGGAAAGUUGCGAGAGAAGAUUCAAUGAAAUUAUCAACGAAAACAAAAGAGAUUUGUGAAAAUCUUAGGAAAAAGUCAUCUGAGGUACUCAACAUUAAACAAGAGAUUGAUGAUCGCUUGUCACACGUUGCUGAUCAAGUGAUGGGUGGAAAAGUCAUGUUUAUUAAGCAUCACCACUUCUAAGUUUUGUUAACACAAUUGCGUUUGUUUAUUUCGUGCAAUUGUAUGAAGUGUAUAGCAAUUCUUGGUUGUAUUUUCGUAAACUUAUAUCGAGUAGGGUGGGGUAAGAUAGGACACAUUUUUGUUCUUCGUCCCAUUUGGUGGUAAACAAAGAACAUUAAAGAAAUAUAAAACCGCAUUAUCAUGACUUUCAUAGACCAUUGUUAAUAGUUUAAAACACGAUCAGAAUAUUUGCUUAUUAUGUGCUAAAGAUGUUCCGUCUUCCCCCAGAUUACUAUGUUGUUUUUUUUGUUAACCAAACUGCGAGCCACCGUCCAAAGAUAUGAAAUGUGAAUUGAUGUAUUCGAUUGUGGUUGACUGCGAGAUUCCACUUUACUUUAUAUUCAAAAUAAUAGUAUUUUACACGAAGACAAAUAGGCGCAUAUCGCGUUGCUGUUCGCAUUAUUAUCUCAAACGGUGGAAUGUGUUUUUCGGUAACAGUGAAUGUAUUCGUUUAAAUAGCUUUAUGAUUACAACACACUUGUAUGUGCAAAAACAAAA